GAAAGACUAAACCGAAAGAGGAAGGUGUGGGAAGUAAAGGGAGUUUUUAAUGGUAAAUCCAUGCAUACAGUCAAAAUAUUAAACGUUGUCUUUAACAUUUAAAUAAUUAUUUCAUUUGGAACAAGACAGCAAAUAAUUAAGAUGGCAGCAUUAAUGGGACGGACUGAAGUUGGCGUGAAGAAGUUUGGGGGGACGGUGACAAUCCCUGAUGACCCUAAAGCGCGCCUCAUGUACUAUCUCGACUGUGUCUGUGUCAUUCUCGACAUGAGUGCUACAGCAAACCUAGCCAAGUUAAGGAACUAUAAACAAUAUAACAUGUUGACGGAGGCGGAGACGGACGCCCUUGUGUCUCUUUGCUUUCUCCUCUCACCUGACGAGCUUAACGACAAGGUCAUGAUUCUGGACGAUGCCAUGUGUGGGGACAGUCCGAACGCCUUUUACGAGAUCAGUGCGGUCCGCCACAACCUGUUGGUGACAAACAGUAUCCUUAUAGGUGGACAACAGCGCGCAGUCUCCAAAAUCAUGGUAUACAAACGUCAAUGGGUUUUGAACUACUGGAUAACACCGAUGGAAGCGUUCGCAGGUCGCCUAGCGAGGAUUGCGACCGGUGGAGCGGCACCUCAGCAAUGGCCGGCCAUUACGUACAACCAACCAGCCACCGGACAGCAGCGUAGAUCGGACACCGGCAACGACUGCUGCUGUACUAUUCUUUAGUCCGAAUUCAUUAUUAUGUAUGCGUUUUAAAGUGACACUCUUAUUUAAAAUCAAUACAAACACAUGUAUACCAAACAUCAAUUUUGACUGAUAUACCUUUAUCUACUUUCUAAAUAAUGCAUUAAAUGAAAAUAUGAAUUACUGACAGAGGUGUAGAAAUGUUUUGAAGUAGCAGGGAAGAUCCCAAAAGUAGGUGUGUGUGUGGGGGGGGGGGGUAGUCUGGGUGUCCUUCCCCAGUUAGGGUCAAGGGGCCAAUGCCCCUUGUGGGAUUGAAUUUAAGCCCUUUUUAACCAAAAUUUCUAGUGUUGAACUGUUCCGGUGCAUGUUUAUUUUGUAACAAGGAAACAGGGAAACUUCUGUACUUGAAUAUGAUACUGAAUCUGAGAACUACCCCACUGAUCUGAGUUUUAUCAAAGGUACAUGUAAAAUUCAUCAAAAUAAUGGAUUAUUUUUAGCAGUGACAUCACCGCAAGCUUGUUUCAUUUUGUUAAACAUCCGGAUAACACGCGUAUACAAAAAGGAAUGUUGCGUAAAUGGUAAUAGGACAAACAGAAGGCCAGACACGCUCAUGUUGCAAACUUACUACGCUUUUUGGUGUCUGGAAAAAAAUAUUCUUUUUUUUCACCCUCCAUUGCUUCGCUAAUCAUAAACUUCAAAACAUCCCCAUGGGGGAUGCGACUAAUGAGGUCAUGUAUCGAGCCAAUGUUAUUGUAUUCGGAACGCUGGGAAACCCAAACCUAGAACUUGAAAACAUCCCAGAGGGGGAUGCGACUAAUGACGUCACGAAUCGAGCUAAUGCUGCAUUGUAGUCCGAACGCGUGGAAACUAAAAUAAACAAUACCAUCAAUCAGGGUUUUAAACUUAUGUAAACAUAAAAACAUGACAAAAAAUAACAGAUUUUAUUUUUGAUGAUGCGGGAUAAAUAGCCGGGUGAAGAUGCUAAAGUAACUGGGUUAUUUUACCGGCUUCCGGCCCAUUUCUACACCCCUGUACUGAUAACAAUAUUGUAACCAUGUAUUUAAUAGCAGAAAGCGCAAGUGAAUGAUAAAAGAUAUACUGUUGUCAACUAUAGUCUCAUAAGGUAGAAAUACCGUGGUUUAUGCUAAUUUCUUUCAAAUUUAACUCGAUAUCCUACAUAAGAACCAUUGUUUUCGACAUUUAUUCAUCCUUUUAUGAACUUUAAAACAAUAUAAUAAAUUUGGGUUAAUCUUA